AUGAGGAAAUGCAACUCAAGUGACAUUACAGACAUACUAUUUAAAAACUCAUCUGCAGGUGACCAGACAAACAAUGAACCUACGAGGAAAGACUCUCAUGUUGGAACAGAAGAUGAAAACACUGACAGAGGGAAUUGGAGCAGUAAAAGAGAAUAUAUGCUGUCUAUGAUUGGUUAUGCAGUAGGUCUUGGCAAUGUGUGGAGAUUUCCCUACUUGGCAUACAAACAUGGAGGAGGGGCUUUCCUCAUUCCCUACACCAUCAUGUUGGCUGUUGCUGGCGUUCCUCUAUUCUUCUUGGAAAGCUCAUUUGGACAGUUUUGCAGCCAAGGUCCCAUCAAUGUCUGGAAAGCUGUGCCUAUACUACAAGGUGUUGGUAUCACAAUGAUGCUGGUCAGCACAUUUGUGUCCAUCUACUAUAAUAUCAUCAUUGCAUACAGCAUCUAUUACCUUUUUGCAUCUUUUCAAUAUCCACUUCCCUGGAGUGGAGCUUCAGGCAUGAGCUGCAACGCAACUGACAUAGGAUGUUGUAAUUCGACUGUUUACCACGUUAGCGUUGUUUCACUGAAUGUGACCGCUGAGAAUCACACAUGCCAGGGUGACUUUGUACCAGGGCAGAGCCCUAGUGAGCAAUAUUGGAAUAAAGUGGCUCUUCAGCGCACAAGCAGUAUGGAUGAGACGGGGCCCAUCGUCUGGCAUCUGGCCCUCUGUCUACUGCUGGCUUGGAUAAUAGUCGGUGCAGCUCUCUUCAAAGGCAUCAAGUCCUCUGGGAAGGUUGUUUAUUUCACAGCUACCUUCCCUUACAUCGUCCUUUUGAUUCUGCUGAUUCGCGGUGCCACACUAGAGGGAGCGAGCAAUGGCAUCGAGUACUACAUCGGUUCCCAGUCCAACCUCACUAAACUGGGCGAGGCUGAGGUUUGGAAGGACGCAGCUACUCAGAUAUUCUUUUCUCUCUCCAUUGCCUGGGGCGGUUUAAUGGCUCUGUCAUCCUACAAUAAAUUUUACAACAACUGCUAUCAAGAUUCCAUUAUAGUGUGUGUUACAAACUGUGGCACCAGCGUGUUUGCUGGCUUUGCAAUCUUCUCCAUCCUCGGACACAUGGCACACGUCUAUAAGAAACCGGUGUCAGAAGUUGCAGAUGCGGGCUUUGCAUUAGCUUUCAUUGCAUACCCUGAUGCUCUCUCUAAGCUGCCUAUAUCACCCCUGUGGUCAAUCCUGUUCUUCUUCAUGCUUAUAACUCUUGGCCUGGACUCUCAGUUUGCAGGAAUAGAGGUUAUCACCACCUGCCUUCAGGAUGCCUAUCCCAACGUUUUGAAGUCCAGACGGGGUCUUGUUACCACAGCAGUCUGCAUUCUUCUCUUUCUGCUCGGCCUGCCGUGUGUCACUGGGGCAGGAAUAUACUGGGUGAAUCUGAUCGACACAUUUUGUGCUGGAUGGAUUUUACUAGUUGCAGGACUGCUGGAAGUCAUAGGUCUAGCCUUUCUAUAUGGAGGUAAUCGUUUCAUCAAGGACAUUGAGAUGAUGAUCGGGACCAAGAACGCCCUCUUCUGGUUAUGGUGGAGAGCUUGCUGGUUUUUUAUAACCCCAGAGGUUCUAAUUAUCAUACUUGGAUGGUCUCUAUAUACUUUUACUCCCCCCACAUAUGGCUCAGUUACAUACCCACAAUGGGGCAUUUCCCUGGGCUGGUGCAUGACUGCAUUUUGCCUACUAUGGAUCCCCAUACUGGCAGUCUGGAGAGUGUACAAAGCUAACGGACACCUCUGGCAGCGUGUCAAAUCAGCCUGCUCGCCCACAGAAGACUGGGGUCCUUACUUGGAGCAUCACAGAAAGGAACAUUAUGGUACGAGAGUCGUGCCUGAUCCAAAUAUAUUUGUAAUCUCAAAUAAGUGUGAUACUAGGUUGUAAUUUUAAUGGAUUUGCAGAACUUUGGUCA